AUGAUUCCCGCCGCAUCUCGGAAACCCCAUCGAAAAUCUCGCAACGGCUGCGGCCACUGCAAGCGCCGCAAGAUCAAGUGCGACGAGACCAAGCCGCACUGCCGCAACUGCAUCAAGCACUCGAUACCAUGCGACUUCCCGGACAUCCUGGCCCGCAAGGCCUCGGCCUCGGCCUCGUCGCAGAGCCCGCAGCGCUACCUGGGCUCCGCCGCCGCCCAAGCCUCCACCGCGCCCACGUCCAACCCCAGCCCGUCGUCGGCAGCCAGCCCGCACCCGCACGCCACGGCGCUGCUCGAGGGCGAGGGCCACAUGCAGAUGAACAUGGUUGACCUGGAACUGCUGCACAACUUCGUCACCUCGACCGCCUUCACCAUCUCGCAGAACGCCGACCUGCGCACCCUGUGGCGCGUCGAGGUCCCGCGCCUGGCCUUCCAGCACGACUUCGUCAUGCGCGCCAUCCUGGCCGUGUCCGCCGCCCACAUGGCCCACUGGAAGCCCGACCGCGCCGACUUCUACAUGGCGCGCGCCGUCGCCCACCACAAGAUCGGCCUGCGCGGCCCCACGAGCAUCCUGCCCCACGUCACCGAGGACAACUGCAGCGCCCUGUACAUCUUCAGCGCCCUGACCGCCAUCCUCAGCCUCGCCAUGCCGCGCAAGCCCGAGGACAUCCUCUUCGUCAGCAGCGACGGCGUCGCCGAGUGGCUCUUCCUGCUGCGCGGCAUCGCCUCCAUCGUCUUCUCCUCGGCCGACUGGCUGCUCAACGGCGUCAUCGGCCCCAUGCUGCACCGCGUCAAGGUCCCCGCCUUCGACCCGGCCGUCCUCGUCCGCGCCGGCCUCGACCCGGACGACUUCAAGGCCGAGCCGCUGCCCACCGACGACCCCGUCCGCCCGCCCGAGCACGACCAGCUCGCCGACCUCCGCCGCUUCCUCGAGCGCGACCUCGCCCGCGACGACCCGCACGCGUGCCAAGUGUGCUGCAUCGCCCUCGACGAGCUCGUCCGCUCCUACACGUACAUCUGCAACCUCGGCCCCAGCGACUGCCACCUCCGCAGCAUCUUUUCCUGGCCCUGCGCCGUCUCCAACGACUACCUCGCCGCCCUCACCGCCCACGAACCCCACGCCCUGCUCGUCUUUGCUUACUACAGCGUCUUGCUGCACCGCCUCGACGGCUUCUGGUGGAUCAAGGGCUGGGGCACCCAUCUCAUCUCGCGCAUCUACCACCUCAUCGCCCCGAUUUACAGGCAGUGGGUGCGGUGGCCCAUUGAGGAGAUUGGCUGGGUGCCGAGGUGA